CGAAGGCGGAGGAGGGGGAGGACGGCCGCGAGCGACGCCGCCGGUGCCCAACGGUCGGUGCUCCGGCUGAGGCAGCGCGGUUGCAGCAGCCUGGUUUGAUCUGUGGAUGAAAUGAAUCAUGAUUUUCAAGCUCUUGCAUUAGAAUCUCGGGGAAUGGGAGAGAUGCAGACAAAGAGUCCAGUCACUCCUUUGGGCCACAAGAGGGCACCCUGCAGCUAGCUAACCCUCCCCUUCUUCAGAACAGCGUUUUCCAAAGAGUUUGUCAUUUUCAGAGGACUGAUUUAAGGGCAGCAGGGAACCUUCUGGGAUUUCCUUCUUUGCCUGUCUCUCUCUCACCAGUCUUCUCCUCCUUUCCUUACAGCUUUUGCCUACCAAAAAAUUUUGGGAACCUGAUGAUUCAACAAAAGAUGGACAAAAAGGCAUAUUUCUUGGGGACGAUGAAUGGAGAGAGACUGCAUGGGGAACUUCUCAUCAUUCAAUGUCCCAGCCUAUUAUGGUACAAAGAAGAUCUGGACAGGGUUUUCAUGGAAACAGUGAAGUAAAUGCAAUAUUGUCUCCGCGAUCAGAAAGUGGAGGCCUUGGUGUGAGCAUGGUAGAAUAUGUACUAAGUUCUUCUCCUGCUGAUAAAUUGGACUCUCGAUUUAGGAAGGGAACUUUUGGCACUAGAGAUGCUGAAACAGAUGGACCUGAGAAAGCAGAUCAAAAAGGCAAGGCUUCUCCAUUUGAGGAGGACCAAAACAGAGAUCGUAAACAAGGAGAUGAUGAUGAUUCUAAAAUAAAUGGCAGAGGUUUGCCAAAUGGAAUGGAUGCCGAUUGCAAAGAUUUUAACCGUACUCCCGGAAGUCGUCAAGCCUCGCCAACUGAAGUAGUUGAGCGCCUUGGCCCCAGUGCUAAUCCCCCAGAAGGACUGGGUCCUCUUCCCAAUCCUACAGCUAAUAAACCACUUGUUGAGGAAUUUUCAAAUCCUGAAACUCAGAAUCUGGAUGCCAUGGAACAAGUUGGUCUGGAUUCCUUACAGUUUGACUAUCCUGGUAACCAGGUACCCAUGGACUCUUCAGGAGCUACUGUAGGCCUUUUUGACUACAGUUCUCAGCAGCAGCUCUUCCAGAGGACCAAUGCACUAACGGUCCAGCAGUUAACUGCAGCCCAGCAGCAGCAGUACGCGUUAGCAGCGGCUCAGCAGCCACAUAUAGCUGGUGUAUUCUCAGCAGGCCUUGCUCCAGCUGCAUUUGUGCCAAAUCCAUAUAUUAUUAGCGCUGCUCCUCCAGGGACUGAUCCAUACACUGCAGCAGGUUUGGCUGCAGCAGCAACAUUGGCAGGUCCAGCCGUGGUUCCGCCACAGUAUUACGGUGUUCCGUGGGGGGUGUAUCCAGCCAAUUUAUUUCAGCAACAAGCUGCUGCUGCAGCAAACAACACAGCCAGUCAGCAAGCAGCGUCCCAAGCUCAGCCUGGACAGCAGCAGGUUCUUCGUGCUGGAACUGGUCAGCGUCCUCUUACUCCUAACCAGGGUCAACAGGGACAACAAGCAGAAUCACUUGCAGCAGCUGCAGCUGCAAAUCCUACUUUGGCAUUUGGGCAGGGUCUUGCUACAGGCAUGCCAGGCUAUCAAGUAUUAGCUCCAACCGCCUAUUAUGAUCAGACUGGUGCCUUAGUGGUUGGCCCCGGAGCAAGAACUGGCCUCGGAGCUCCAGUUCGGUUAAUGGCUCCCACCCCUGUUUUAAUUAGUUCAGCAGCAGCACAAGCUGUAUCUGAAAUUUAUUUUGCAGCAGCAGCAGCAGCAGCAGCUGGAGGAACUGCAAAUAGUCUUACAAGCAGCACAAAUGGUCUGUUUCGACCAAUGGGCACCCAGCCGCCCCAGCAGCAGCAGCAGCAGCAGCAACCACCAAGCACUAAUCUGCAGUCUAAUUCAUUCUAUGGGAGCGGUUCUUUGACUAGUAACUCCCAGAGCAGUUCUUUAUUUUCUCAUGGACCUGGUCAACCUGGAAGUACAUCUCUUGGCUUUGGAAGUGGUAGCUCUUUGGGUGCCGCUAUAGGCUCAGCCCUCAGUGGAUUUGGUUCAUCAGUUGGCAGUUCUGCAAGUAGUAGUGCCACAAGGAGAGAGUCUCUAUCUACUAGCUCUGACUUGUACAAAAGAUCUAGUAGCAGCCUAGCACCCAUAGGGCAACCAUUUUACAAUAGUCUGGGAUUUUCCUCCUCUCCAAGUCCAAUAGGCAUGCCUCUGCCAAGCCAAACUCCAGGACAUUCACUUACGCCACCGCCAUCACUUUCAUCACAUGGAUCCUCAUCCAGUUUGCAUUUAGGAGGACUGACCAAUGGUAGUGGUCGCUAUAUCUCUGCAGCACCGGGAGCAGAAGCGAAGUACCGAAGUGCUUCAGGCACUUCCAGUCUGUUUAGCUCCAGCAGCCAGCUCUUUCCUCCUUCCCGGCUUCGGUACAAUAGGUCCGAUAUUAUGCCUUCCGGCCGCAGUAGGUUAUUGGAAGAUUUCAGAAACAACCGCUUCCCAAACCUUCAGCUUAGAGACUUGCUUGGACACAUAGUCGAGUUUUCCCAAGACCAGCAUGGCUCUAGAUUCAUACAGCAGAAACUAGAAAGAGCUACUCCAGCUGAGCGACAGAUGGUAUUUAAUGAAAUUUUACAGGCAGCCUAUCAACUAAUGACAGAUGUUUUUGGCAACUACGUCAUACAGAAAUUUUUUGAGUUUGGGAAUUUGGAUCAAAAAUUAGCCCUGGCUACUCGGAUUCGUGGUCAUGUUCUGCCCUUAGCUCUGCAGAUGUAUGGCUGUCGAGUUAUUCAGAAAGCAUUGGAGUCCAUUUCUUCUGACCAGCAGGUAAUUAGUGAAAUGGUAAAGGAACUCGAUGGUCAUGUACUCAAAUGUGUAAAAGAUCAGAAUGGAAACCACGUUGUACAGAAGUGCAUUGAAUGUGUCCAGCCGCAGUCACUACAGUUCAUCAUUGAUGCUUUCAAAGGACAAGUGUUUGUGCUUUCAACCCACCCUUACGGUUGCAGAGUGAUCCAGCGUAUCCUAGAGCAUUGCACUGCAGAACAGACCUUACCUAUCUUAGAAGAACUUCACCAACAUACAGAGCAGUUAGUGCAGGAUCAGUAUGGCAAUUAUGUUAUUCAGCAUGUUCUGGAACAUGGGAGACCUGAAGACAAAAGCAAAAUUGUUUCCGAAAUCAGAGGCAAGGUCUUAGCCCUGAGUCAACACAAAUUUGCCAGCAAUGUAGUGGAAAAGUGUGUGACUCAUGCCUCCCGUGCGGAGAGAGCGUUACUGAUAGACGAGGUUUGCUGCCAGAAUGACGGUCCUCACAGUGCCUUAUACACCAUGAUGAAGGAUCAGUACGCCAAUUACGUAGUUCAGAAGAUGAUUGAUAUGGCCGAGCCUGCUCAGAGAAAGAUAAUCAUGCAUAAGAUUCGACCUCACAUUACUACUUUGCGCAAGUACACAUACGGGAAGCAUAUACUGGCCAAGUUGGAGAAAUACUAUUUGAAAAACAGCCCAGAUCUGGGGCCUAUUGGAGGACCACCAAAUGGAAUGCUGUAGAGGAGGAGGAGAAGGAAAGGAUUUUAACCAUGGGAAAAGUUUUUGUGAAUUAUCAAAACACAACUCAACUAUGAAUCUUGAGGUUUUUUCUUUUUUUUAAAGCAAAACUAUUUAUUGACUUUAUUCAUCCAUUUGUAAUUUUUUAAGGUUCUUGUGUAUAUUUAGGGGGUGGGGUGGUGAAUUAUAAAUUAUAUUCAACCCUUAGUGAAGACCUAUCAGAUUGGAUUGCUGGCAAAGCACAGAAUGCCUGUAUAUGAUGUAACUGUAUCAAAAAAACAAAGUUGUCACAUAUUUUGUAAAUUUUUACCUUGUAAAGUCACAAAAAUAGUUUUUAAAGGAAAGAGUACAGUAUUCUUUUAAUAAAUAAACUGGCGUGCAGUCUGGUAGGUCUACAACCCCAUAGCACAACAGGUUUAUAGAGAUGUAUAUAGAAUUAUAGUCCUUAUGUUUUUUGUUUGCCUGGAGCCUUUUAUAACAGAUUAACAAUCAGUUGCAUAAAUAUUAAUUAAUAUUUUAAAAAGAGAAAGUUAAGUUGUAUUUUGGUAAUUCACAAACUAUCAUGCAAAUAAAAGGUCAGCAAGUAACACAAGAAUAAAGUAACUUGAGGUCAGAAGAACCUAACAUUAUUUACAGUGGAUGUGGUUUUAACACAGAUACUGCCCUAUAAUGUCUCUGGCAAUGUACAGAAGUAUUGUAUAGGCUUACCUAUGUAAUUGUUAAGAGUUAGGAAAAAUAAAAUCAUGGCGACAAUUCCAUCCAGUAAAUGCACUAAUGAAAAGUUUCUUACUGACUUUUCAGUUUGGUUUGCAAUGAGAAAGAGUAAAAAUUUGUAUUUUGUUUCACUUACAGUUACAAAGACGUGGUGAGGAAGUGUUGGGCUUUAUUUUACUUUUUCAUAAUAGAUACAGAAACUAGGAACCAGGUAGAGUUGAAAAGGGGCCACUGCAAAUUAAGUCUGAUAGCUCAACAUUUAAGCAUGAUUACAUAUUCAGAUAGCUUUUUUUGCUUCCUAUAAAUAUAUGCAUUGUGUGUGUAGUGAUGUAAGUUUACACUUGGAAAGCAAUCUUGUUUCAAUGUUUAUUAGAAAAGCCUUGCUAAUUUAGUAGUGAUGCUUCCCUUGGUUGUACAGGUGUACAUUUGUAAACCUUCAUGCUGUAAAUGGAAUUUGUUUUAUCUCUUCGGGAAACAUUUGCAUUCUAGUGUACAUUUAUGUCCUUGCCCUCUUUGACCUGGCAAUAUAGUGUUGUAUAAUGUAAAUUUCUCCAAAUCAAGAGUGAUUUUUUAAAAAAUUUUUUAUCUUUAUAUGGUUUCAGAAGUAUGAACCAACUUUCUUUUUAUUAUUGUGAGAAAAAAUUUGUUUUAUAACAUAGUUGUUGACUCUGUUAAUACGGACAUGCUAGGAUUUGGGUCACUUUCAAGAAGUCAGGGUAUUGUGCAUAGUAGAAAGUGUUGGACUGAGAUCCUUGGUUAGCGUGGAGGCCCGUGCUUUUUCCAUCUUAGUAAAUGUGAUGUGACUUUUUUCUUUGUACAGAAGAGUACUGUAUUUUUGAAUAGCCUACUCCCAAGUAAGAACAAAUCUGUAUGAUAACUUUUUUUUCUCUGGACAUAAGACAUUAUAACAGUAACAUGAUGUACAUUUACAAGCGGCCUUAUGUACAUUUCCCAACAAUCUUUUUAAGGCAAAAUUGUGACCAUAUGUGUAUAAUUAAAAUCGUUUUUAAUCCUUUGCCUAUGAAAAUAUUUUGGAAAAAAACUUGCUUUGUAUAUUCAGUUUCUGAGAGAUAAAGACAGUGCUUUGUAUUUUGUUGGAGUCAGUAUUUUGUAUAAACAUUUAUGUUGAUCCACUUCUGUUUAGUGAUGAAAACUGAUAUGAACGUGCUGUGUCAGCUGACCGCGGAAGGGAUUUUUACUAGAGAGGAAAAGCAAUCUUCUGAGCACAAUAUUGACGAUGGAGGUUUUAUCACUAAGCUGUUCAUAUCAUGAACCUUAAUGGCAUAAAUUUUGGGGUGCCAGGAAUACUUUCCCUAUUGGACUCUGAGUUACUGUAAUGUUUUCUAACCCAACAUUCCUUGGUCAAGCCAUUAGCUCCACCUGCUUGUCACUGUGCCCUCUCUCUCAGUCACCUGGCUCCUCGGCAUGUGCCCGUCACAGUAGCAGUGCUUCUCCGCCCUGGAAAGCUGUGCAGCCUGCUUUGCUUUUCCAGCCCUCCAGUGACGUGGCCUCGUGUUGGACUUUCCUUCCCGGUGUCAGCCACGGCUGCGGAAUCGGAGGGGUCCUCUUUGGAGAUGGUUGACAUCUCUCCAGUGUUGAUGCGCUUGUUGCUAGCUGGCCUUUGUCCUUGCCCUCUGGUCACACAGGCAGUUACUGCUGCAGUUUUAGGACACGGUAAGCCCUAGAGAAUGUUACGUUGGGAAACCGAGCCCCUCAGGGGUCCUGAGGUUCCCACACUUCCCCACUGCUGACAACCCCAAUGUUUUCCGUACUUUAGACAUAUUCUAGAAAUAUAUCCCCUUUCCUUGUAGAGAUUUUAAGGUCUGCCAUUUUGGUGCCCACAGUUCCACCUUUUAGUACGUUGGCAUGGAAUUUUAGUAAAAUCUGACCUUUGAGAAUAAAGAAAUUUAAUUGGGUAGAACACUUAGGCUUGACUCUUAAGUGUCUCCUUUUGAUAUGAAAUGUUUCUGGACCAGAUUGUCCCUGCUCUUAUUGGUUCAUAUGAAAUGUUACCUUCACUUUGUAUAUUAUGUAUAAAUUAGAAAAUGAAAAAUGUGUGAAUAACAUUGUAUGAAAUAAACCUGGUCUUGUGUUUUCUCUAGAUAAAAUACCCCUCUGCACCUCAGUGAUAUUUGAGAUUGCCCAUUCACGUUUGUUCUCACUUAAGGAAAACAAAUAUUUUUAUUCAGUAAAUGGUAUUCUGGAACCUUCUCA